UGAUGUUUUCUUUUUGUUGCUGUUUCUUAAAGAUGCAUACUCCUGGCUUUCUGGACACUCACUCAUCAGUGUAGCCAGGAACUGCUUUGCAAAACUGAUGGACAACCUGAGCAUACUGAUGGAGACAGUUCAAGGGAAACCUUCUGGGUGCAGAGGUUACCUGGAGAGAGACUCCCUGAUACAGAGGCUGGCUUGUGGGCUCCACAGAGUAAAUGCCCAGGCCUUGGAAGGUGGAUUGUAUGACAGACUGCCCAGCACAAGAAACAUAGCAGUCUUGCAGCAAGAAAUAUUUGAAUUUUCACAAAGGCUUCAUGCAGCAGAGGUAGAGUCCCGCUCCCUGCAGCUGCAGCUGGCAGAAUGCAGAUGGGCUUUCAAUGAGAUGCGAAAAGAUGCUGAAAAAGCCCACAGACUGCAAGAGCAAUUAAAUGAACUUCAGCAUAAAAUCAGCCAAGAUAAUAUACAUGAGGAGUUAGAAAAUGCUUUGCAGCGUGAGCAGGAGGUAAGAUUGCUUUUACAAGAAUACCAGCGACGGCUUCAGGAGCUGAGUAAUAAACUGGAAUCGUGCUCACUUAUUGACACAGAUAGAAGCCAAGUCUCCAAUGUAUCUCUGAUGAGCUUCUCUAAUGCAACAGAGGAGCUGAGGAGCAGAGACCAAGUUCUGGAUCACCAGAAGAGAUUCCUGAAAGACACAGAGCAGGACCAGCAGCGGCUGCGGGAGACUCUCGAGGAGGCAGAACCUGCCCUCAAACUGGGAGUAAAGGAUAAAGAGUUGAUCAUUAAUCAUAUGAAAGCUGUGGAGGCCACCCUGAAUGAGGCCAGAGAGGAGGUCAUGGCACCAGGAGCUGCAGCAGCCACGCCGCUCCCCAGCCUGCAGCUGGAGAUCCUUUCAGAGGAAGCAGUGAGGGACAGGCCAGAGGCUAUGUCAUUCCAACACGUGCAUAAACAUUUUAUGGAUCUCUACUCACUGACAGCUUCCAAAGUUGACGCAUUAACAUCAGGAAGAGAAUCUUCAGAGAUUCACUUUGAACCCCUAGCUGCUGAGCCUCUUACUCCUGAUGCUGAUGAAUCUUUGCAAGUUCACUUUGAACCCGAAACCGGUGGUACACCUCCUGCUGGAGCUCCUGCACAUGCUCUUGAUGAAUCUUUCUGGGGUCAAGUUGGACACCAACUAGUCAGAACACCUCCUGCACAUGCUCAUGACAGUGAUGACUCUUUUGGACCUCGCUUUGUGCCCAAAGGAGCUGCUGCACCUCCUGGUCCUCCUCCUGGUGAUAUUUUUCAGGUUAGCGUUGGGCCCGAAGCACCCCAUACACCUGCUACUCCUGUUUAUGCUCCUGCUGAUAUUUUUCAGCCUUACCUUUCACUGCAAGCAGCUGGUGGACCUCCAGUUCCUAUUAUUGUGCCUGAUGCAUGCUGGAGAGUGCCUAGCCACAGAGCCUCUACCGUACCUGGAGCCAACAUACCCUCCGUUGUAGUAGCAGGCAGAAGCUGCAGUGUCUCUGAAACCAACAUACCCUCCAGUGUGACACCAGGCAGAUUCUACAGUGUGUCUGAAACCAACAUACCCUCCAAUGUGACACCAGACAGAACAGGUUUGGGGUCAUCAAUGGACAGAGUCAUCAACCUGGUACAAACCAGAACCAAUACUGGGUCAUCAAUGGAUGCAUCCUCCCAUAUGAGAAGAAACAGAGCUCUUACCGUGCCUUCAAGCAACAUGUCCUCCAGUCUGACAUGGAAUAGAGCUGGUACUGGGUCUUCAGUCAACACAUCCUUCAGUUCAAGACCACACAGAGCCAGUUCUUUGCCUUCAGUCAGACCUUCCAGCCAGGAUGUCUUACCCAGCACUAGAAGAAAUCAGGAAAUUUAAUUGCCAGAUGUGACAGAUUUCUUCAUCAAAAUACUAGCUUCUCUUCAGAAGGAAAAUACUUCAGCAAUGCAAAAAGGUCUAAAUAAAGUAGUCUUACCUUUGUAAUUUGUAUUUUUAUGAAAAUGUGCAUUCAUAUAUUCACAUUUCUGUGUUUCUAAUCAUUUGUAUACCAAAGGACUUAUUUAUUUAACUCUAUUUAAUUGCAGUUUUUAAUUUUUAUGUAGUAUAUUUAAAAAUGUUAUAAAACAACA